AUGAAUCUGGUGUCUGUUUUUGAUCUCCCGACGAAGAAUAUGGCCAAUGAAAGGUUUUGGGUUGCCCUAAACUACACUUCACGAUCUGAUAGUGAGCAAAUCGAAGGGUUUUGGCCACCUGUUCUAGUGUCGGUGUUGGCAAAGAAGCAUCAGGAAGAAGCAGUUUGGUGUAUCUAUGCAACAAGGAUACCUGAGAUGAGCUCUCUAGGAUUUGAUGAAACAGGAUCGCACUCACUAACCAAGAAAACUGGAGCCUGA